CCGCCGGAGUGACGUAACGUGGACGUGAAGACACCUCUGUGUUUGUCGUGGGAGCUCGAGACAGGUUUGAUCAUCAGCAGCAGCAGAAGCAGCACGAGCUGGGACAGAGCGAGCUGCAGCCUCAGACCUCCACCUGACCUCACCUCCACACCUGACAGAACGAUGUCGGCCGUCUACCUUCUCCUGCUGCUGCUCCCUCUGGUGUCAGCUCAGACCUAUCACUGGGGUCCCUGUCCUAACCCGAAGGUGCAGCCCAGCUUUAACGUCCAACAGUAUAUGGGACGGUGGUACGAGAUCGCGAAGCUCCCUGCGUCCUUCGAGAAAGGAAAGUGCAUCGAGGCCAACUACGCCGUGAGGAAGGACGGUACCAUUCAGGUGCUGAACUCUCAGUUCUAUAAAGACAAAGUGAGGGUGGCAGAAGGAACAGCAGUGGUUCCAGACAAGAGAGAACCCGCCCAACUCGGAGUCAGCUUCUCGUACUUUACUCCAUACAGCCCUUACUGGAUUCUGUCCACGGACUACACCAGCCUGUCCGUUGUGUACUCUUGCACCGACGUUCUCCGCUUGUUCCACGUCGACUACGCCUGGAUCCUCGGCCGGUCACGCUUCCUGCCUCCAGAAACCGUGCGAUACGCUCAAGACCUGCUGAUCGGCGAAGGAAUCGACCUGUUCAGGAUGCAGUCCACGGACCAGACAGGCUGCAAGGACGAUUAGGGGAUUCAUGGUGACUUCUACUCCACGAUGUCCGGCUGAAGAAAUUAUUUGUAUCCUAUCAAACACACUGGACUUCACUGCUGUUGCUGCCUUUUUGAUUUUUGAUUUUUUUUUUUGGAUUAGAUGCUGAAAUAUUAAUUCUGUGAUUACGAAAUAUCGACUUUAAUCAGUCUAACUUGAAUAAUCGAUGAAUAAAAGUGACCUUAUGGAAUUACUAACAAA